AUGAGCAUUCAACCAAGCCAAAACGUUACGCUGGAAGACAAAGUGCAUGAGCGUGUGGUGCAACACGUUCAUCUUCCAAAGCGAAUUUCUCAAAUUCGGUUCAGUGUUUUUACUCCGGAAGAUAUUAGAAGAAUGUCUACAAUACAAGUUUUUAACCAUUAUUAUUAUACACCAGAUAGACGAGGCUUUCCUCAUGGUCCUCUUGAUCCGAGAUUGGGUACCGGAACGAAGAAAGAUAUCUGUGAGACGUGUGGCUUGGGAGUAGCAGAUUGUAUCGGGCACUAUGGAUAUGUAAAACUAGAAUUACCAGUGUUCCAUAUAGGCUUCAUUUCUAAUGUUGUAGAGAUUUUACAAAGAAUUUGCAAAGACUGCUCACGUGUUUUAUUGACAGAUUCAGAAAUUCAAACUUUCAGAAACAAAUUUAAGAAACCAAAUCUAGAUAACCAACAGAAAAAAGCAAUUUACAAAAAAGUGGGAGAAUUAUGUAAAAAGUGCUCUACGUGCCCUCAUUGUGGUGCAUUGAAUGGAAAGGUAACAAAAUUGAACGCAAUCAAAAUUGUUCACGAAAAGUAUAAAGUACCUUCCACUAGAAAAGGAAAAGAAGAAGUGGAUCAACAAGCUAGAGAAUUUCAUUCAGAGUUUGAACGAGCCACUCAAUUAAAUCCAGAAAUUUCAACUUAUAUAGGUGAGGCUCAAGAUGACAUCAACCCCAUAAGAUGUCUUAAAUUAUUCAAAAACAUUCCAGAUACAGAUGUUGAGGCUUUUAACAUGAAUCCCCGAGUUGUGAGACCAGAAAAUUUUAUACUCACUCAUAUUUUAGUCCCACCACUUGUUAUUAGACCCUCUGUAAACACUGAUGGCGGUACAAACGAAGAUGAUCUCACUGUUCAAAUGAAAAAGAUUAUUGAAACAAACAUAAUUCUAAGAGAAAGCAUCGAAAAGGGUCAUUUUGUCGAAAACUUUAUGGAAAAGUGGGACGCACUACAAUUAGAGACUGCCCUCUACAUUAAUAGCGAUACGAGAAACAUUCCUUCUUACGUGACAAAGAAAAAGAUUGGCAAAACUCUAUGCCAAAGAUUGAAGGGCAAACAUGGUAGAUUUAGAGGCAACCUGAGUGGUAAGAGAGCAAAUUUUACGGGACGUACAGUCAUUUCUCCAGAUCCAAACUUGGAAAUUAAUCAAGUUGCAAUUCCAGAGCUGGUUGCUAAAGUUUUGACGUAUCCUGAGGUGGUCAAUAGAAAUAAUAAGAAAUUACUUCAGUCAUUAAUUUUGAACGGACCUGAAGUUCACCCAGGAGCCAACUUUGUGGUUAAAAGUGAUGGAGUAAGAAAGAAUUUGAGUUUUGUAAAGGACAAAAUGGAUAUUGCAAAGAACUUGAAAUUUGGUGACAUUGUUGAACGCCACGUCAUGAACGGAGAUUAUGCCUUAUUUAACAGACAGCCCUCGCUGCACAGACUCAGUAUUAUGUGUCACCGUGUUAAGGUAUUGCCUUACAGAACUUUCAGAUUCAACGUUUGUGAUUGUGCACCAUAUAAUGCAGAUUUCGACGGAGAUGAAAUGAACGUACACAUUCCUCAAACCGAAGAAGCAAAAGCUGAAGCAGGAAUGCUUAUGGACAUUCUAAAAAAUCUCAUCACACCUAAGAACGGAGAUCCAGUUAUUUCUUGCAACCAGGACUUUUUAACAGCUGCUUGGAAAAUGACCAGAAAGAAUACUUUCUUUGAUCGUGCAGAAUUUUGCAUGUUGUGUUCCUAUAUGGGCAUUGAAGAUAAGAAGAUUGACUUGCCUCCACCUACCAUUUUGAAACCUAUUGAACUAUGGACUGGAAAACAACUAUUUUCCUUAUUGAUCAAACCUAACAAUAACACAAAAGUGUUUGUAAACUUCGAAACCAAGGCCAAAAACUAUUGGAAAGAUGAAACCAUGUGCCCAAAUGAUGGUUACGUAUGCUUUAGAAACAGUUACUUGAUUUGUGGAAAUUUGGAUAAGAAGAUUUUGGGAGAUGGCAGCAAGAGUUCGCUAUUCUAUGUAUUGAUCAGAACAGUAGGUCCUGCAUAUGCUGCUGCGUGUAUGGCAAGAGUGGCUCGAGUAGCUUCCAGAUGGUUAAUGAAUCAUGGUUUUUCUAUUGGUAUUGAUGACGUCAUGCCUUCACCAUCUCUAACAGAAAAGAAAAAGAUGAUUUUAUCGGAGGGUUAUAAGGUGUGUGAUCAGUACAUUAAACUUUUCAAAGAUGGUAAACUGGAACCUCAACCUGGUUGCAACAUGGAACAAACUCUUGAAGCGAAACUCAAUAAGGAAUUAUCAGAAAUUAGAGGUAGAGCAGGUAGUAUGUGUGUGGAUGAAUUGCACUGGUCGAAUGCUCCUCUUACAAUGUCAGUGUGUGGUUCUAAGGGUUCUGUGAUCAAUAUUUCACAAAUGAUUGCUUGUGUUGGGCAACAAACGGUUGGUGGUACUCGUAUUGCUAAUGGUUUCAUGAAUAGAACGUUACCUCAUUUUCCAAUGUUUGCAAGAGAUGCAGCAGCAAAAGGUUUUGUUUCUAACAGCUUCUUUACUGGUCUGACUCCAACAGAAUUUUUCUUCCACACUAUGGGAGGCAGAGAAGGAAUUGUCGAUACAGCUGUUAAAACUGCAGAAACUGGUUAUAUGCAAAGAAGAUUAAUGAAAGCUCUUGAAGAUUUAUUUGUUGCCUAUGAUGGAUCGGUGAGAUCUGCAGACAAUUCAAUCAUUCAAUUCAAGUAUGGUGAUGAUGGAAUGGAUCCUCAUCGAAUGGAAAGCGAAGAGAGUGGAAGACCUCUCAAUUUCUCGUUUAUCAUGAUGCACGAAAAGAAUACCAAUUUACCAACAAAGAAUGAAAGAGCUCUCACUCCAAUCGAAAUUACAGAAAAAGUUGAACAAUAUCUCCAAGAACCUUCUUCACGCACACUAUUUUCAGACAAGUUUAUGGAUGAACUGAGAACCUUCAUGAACAAUUACACCAGUAAGCUUGAAAAUAUGCUAAAAGGAGUAGAAUCAGCUCGAUCCAAGAGAACAUCUGAAUUUGAAAAAGAUGCAUGGGAUGUAGUUGUACAUUAUAUUGAGAAAAUUACUGAAAGACAAUUACUUGCAUUCUUACAUUCUUGCAGACGUAAAUAUGAAAAAGCAUGUGUAGAUCCUGGAGAACCAGUGGGAGGUAUUGCUGGUCAAUCCAUUGGUGAGCCAACCACUCAAAUGACUUUGAAAACUUUCCACUUUGCUGGUGUUGCCAGUAUGAACGUUACGUUGGGUGUUCCUCGUAUUAAGGAAAUUAUUGAUGCUACUAAGAACAUUAGUACUCCAAUCAUUACAGCAUAUUUAGACACUCCAGCAACAGCUUCAAAGAAACAAAAGGAAAUUUCUGCACGUAUGGUCAAGGGAAGAAUCGAAAAAACAACAUUGGGUCAAGUUGUUAAUCACAUUCGAGAAGUUUACAAUUUAGGAAUUUGCUACAUUGAAAUUGAACUAGAUAUGAAGCAAAUUUCUGCUCUUCAACUUGAUAUCACUCCAGAAACAGUUAGACAUAGUAUUUUGCAUUCUCCUCUUAUGAAAUUUGAAAAGUCAAAAGAUAAGUCAAAAGACAGCAAAACUAAAUUAUCUGAUGAUCCUAAUUUAGUUAGAAUUCAAAACGGUAAUAUCAGAGUAUAUCCUCCAUCUGUAGAUAGAGACAGCAUGUAUUUCAAUAUUCAAAGAUUGAAGAGAUAUUUACCUGAAGUAAUUGUUGCAGGUAUUCCAACAACUAAUAGAGCUGUCAUUAACGAAGAAAAGGGAAAUAUUUAUCUUUUAGUUGAAGGAAUGGACUUACUUGCAGUCAUGGGAGUUCCAGGUGUGCAUGCCAAAACGACCAAGACCAACAACAUUAUUGAAAUCUCAACAACCCUAGGCAUUGAAUCUGCUCGACAAGUCAUUAUGGAUGAAAUCAAAUACACCACAGGUAGUUACGGUAUGAAUAUUGACACGAGACAUAUCAAAUUAUUGGCUGACAUUAUGACAUUUAAAGGAGAUAUUUUCGGUAUUCAAAGACAUGGUAUCAUUAAGAUCAGAGACAGUGUGUUAAAGAUGGCAUCUUUCGAACAAACAACAGACCAUCUCUUUGAAGCUGCAUCACAUACCAGAGUUGAUGAUGUCAAUGGUGUCAGUGAAUGUAUUAUCAUGGGCGUUCCAAUUCCUAUCGGUACUGGUUUGUUCAAGCUGUUGCAAGAUGCUCAUGUAGAAAAGAAGAGAACACUUCCAAUUAACAGAAAACGACCAAUUUUCUCUACAAAAUCACUCCUCAAAUAA